UAAGCUAUAAAAUAUUCGACAGUUGGAUCGUUAUUAUUGUAUACAUAAGAUUGUAAUACAAAGUCAAUGGAUAGAAACAUCAAUGGAGAGAACUUUGAUAUCGUGCUGGAUUCUUCUCUGCAUCCCCUUGGCUCCGGCGUACAGCCAAUACUACUCGACGACCGUACCGAGUGUUCCCGUGUCGAAGAAAGUUACCGAUAUCCACUUCUUUUUCCACGGCACCAUCGGUGGCCCAAACGCUACAGCAGUCCCCGUAGCCCGUGCUAACAUCACGGGAAACGGCAACUCUUCACCAGGGCCAUCGUACAGCAUAGUUGUCGACAGUGCUCCGCUAACCGUUGGCCUCGAGCCAACAUUGGAGAUCAUCGGGAAUGCUCAAGGACUCGAAGUAUUCCCCGGCCGAGAUACAACCACUGUGGUGGUGUACUUGGAUUUCGGGUUUACUACAGGCGAUCUAAACGGCAGCUCUAUCGGUGUGUUUUCGAGGAAUCCGGCGACUGAGACGGAGCGCGAGCUAGCAGUGGUUGCUGGGAGAGGAAAAUUCAGGUUAGCUAAAGGGUUUGCCUUGCUUAAGACUCGUUUAAUAAACAACAACAGUUUCGUUGUUGAGUAUAAUGUGACUGUAAUUCAUUACUAA